AGGGCGGGAGAGAGCAGCGGCGGCGGCGGCAGAUGCUGCGGCGGAGCCCGGCUCUCCUUCGGCCACAGCCCGCGGCCGGUGCGCCCGCCAGGCGCGCUGCGCUACGGCGCCGCCGUGCAGCCCUCCACAGCCCCGGCAGCACCAGGAGGAGCAGCAGUACCAGGAGCAGCACUACCAGCAGCAGCAGUCCUGCGCCUCGCCCCGCGGGGCGGUGGGGGCCGAGCCCCGCCGCUGUCCUGCGGCGGAGCCCCCCGGAGCCGGCUGGGCGCGCUCACGGGGGCGCACCAGGGAGGGGGGGGAUGAAGCCGAAGGUGCUGCAGCUGGGCAAGGUCAGGACCUUGCGGUGGAGGGGGGGGCCGUCGCGCCCCCCCCCCCCCCCCCCCAUCCUUUUCUAUCCUUGGACUGAGGAUUUGCUGUUGGGUUUUGGAGGCUGCUCGAGAGGAAGCAGGGGGAAGCGGCGCCGAUCGAAGCUAUGCCUGUGCCAGACCAGCCCUCGUCUUCUGAUAAGACAAGUUCCCUUAGUCCUGUGUUGAACACAUCCAAUGGCGAUGGCUCAGAAACUGAGACAACCUCUGCCAUUCUAGCUUCAGUUAAAGAACAGGAACUGCAAUUUGAGAGACUGACUCGAGAACUUGAAGCUGAACGUCAGAUUGUUGCUAGCCAACUGGAGAGAUGUAAGCUUGGUUCCGAAACUGGAAGCAUGAGCAGCAUUAGUUCAACGGAAGAGCAGUUUCACUGGCAAACACAAGAUGGUCAGAAGGAUAUAGAAGAUGAGCUCACUACUGGUCUGGAGCUGGUGGACUCCUGUAUUAGAUCACUGCAGGAAUCAGGGAUACUUGAUCCACAGGACUAUUCAGCCAGUGAAAACACCACGGAAGAGUCAGCUAGUUCCUUGAAAACUAGGAGAGACUGCGAUCAGAGAUGGCAUAGGGGAGGAUUAGGGCCCAGCCUCCUCUCCCAGAGCGCUCUCCAGCUCAACGCCAAGCCCGAGGGCUCCUUCCAGUACUCAGCCAGCUACCACAGCAACCAGACCCUUGCCCUGGGCGAGACGGCAGCCGCCCCGCUCCCGGCCCGCAGUGCCCCGGCCAGAGGUGCCAUCCAGAGCUACAGCCAGUUAAGCUCCGCCAUCGGCACUUACGCCACUCUGUCGCCCACCAAGCGGCUGGUUCACGCCGCCGACCCGUACGCCAAGCACUCCCAGGAGCUCUUCGCCACCGCCACCCUGCAGAGACCCGGCUCCCUCGCAGCUGGGUCUCGGGCAUCUUACAGCAGCCAGCACAGCCACCUUGGCUCCGAGUUAAGGGCACUACAGUCUCCAGAACAUCAUAUAGAUCCUAUUUACGAAGACAGAGUUUAUCAGAAGCCCCCUAUGAGGAGUCUCAGCCAGAGUCAGGGGGACCCUCUGCAACCAGCACACACAGGCACAUAUCGCACUAGUACAGCCCCAUCUUCCCCUGGUGUCGACUCCGUACCCUUACAGCGCACAGGCAGUCAACACGGCACACAGAACGCAACCGCGACCUUCCAGAGGGCCAGCUAUGCUGCAGGCCCAGCCUCCAAUUACGCAGACCCCUACCGACAGCUGCAGUAUUGUCCUUCUGUUGAAUCACCAUACAGCAAAUCUGGGCCAGCCAUCCCACCAGAGGGGACCUUGGCUAGGUCACCUUCCAUUGAUAGCAUUCAGAAAGAUCCCAGAGAGAGCUUCACCAUGCAGGCCUGCUACUUUGACAUCAGUUACGAAGACCACAGGAUGACCAAAAAGGGUGAAAAAUCUGAUGUCAUUUUUGAGAAUGAAAGAGAGUUUGGAUGGCGAGAUCCAGAGCUUCCAGAAGUUAUACAGAUGUUACAACAUCAAUUUCCCUCAGUACAGUCCAAUGCUGCAGCCUACUUACAACACCUCUGUUUCGGAGACAAUAAAAUAAAAGCAGAGAUAAGAAGACAAGGCGGAAUACAAUUACUGGUGGACCUAUUGGACCAUCGGAUGACAGAAGUCCACCGUAGUGCCUGUGGAGCUUUGAGAAACUUGGUAUAUGGGAAGGCAAAUGAUGACAACAAAAUUGCUCUGAAAAACUGUGGUGGUAUCCCAGCAUUAGUACGGUUACUCCGCAAGACUACAGAUUUGGAAAUCAGAGAACUGGUCACAGGAGUUCUCUGGAAUCUGUCCUCCUGUGAUGCACUGAAAAUGCCAAUCAUCCAGGAUGCCCUUGCAGUGUUGACCAAUGCAGUGAUCAUCCCUCACUCUGGAUGGGAAAACUCUCCGCUCCAGGAUGAUCAUAAAAUACAACUCCAUUCAUCACAGGUGCUGCGCAAUGCCACUGGGUGCCUAAGGAAUGUCAGCUCUGCUGGAGAGGAGGCCCGCAGAAGGAUGAGGGAGUGUGAUGGCCUGACGGAUGCAUUGCUGUACGUGAUCCAGUCUGCUCUGGGGAGCAGUGAAAUUGAUAGUAAGACCGUUGAAAACUGUGUGUGCAUUUUGAGGAACCUCUCAUACAGGCUAGCUGCAGAAACAUCUCAGGGACAGCAGAUGGGAACAGAUGAACUUGAUGGAUUACUCUGUGGCGAUGCCAAUGGAAAAGACACGGAGAGUUCAGGGUGCUGGGGGAAGAAGAAGAAGAAAAAGAAAUCACAAGAUCAGUGGGAUGGAGUAGGACCUCUCCCAGACUGCGCAGAACCACCCAAAGGAAUCCAGAUGCUGUGGCACCCUUCAAUAGUCAAACCCUACCUCACACUUCUUUCUGAGUGCUCAAAUCCAGACACGCUGGAGGGGGCAGCAGGGGCACUGCAGAACUUGGCUGCUGGGAGUUGGAAGUGGUCAGUAUAUAUCCGCGCUGCUGUCCGCAAAGAAAAAGGACUGCCGAUCCUGGUAGAACUGCUUCGAAUAGACAAUGACCGGGUGGUGUGUGCAGUAGCUACAGCUUUACGAAACAUGGCCUUAGAUGUCAGAAAUAAGGAGUUAAUAGGCAAGUAUGCCAUGAGGGAUCUGGUCCACCGACUGCCAGGCGCUAACAACAGCAACAGCUCAGCAAGCAAGGCCAUGUCUGAUGACACCGUUACUGCCAUUUGCUGCACUCUGCAUGAAGUCAUCACUAAAAACAUGGAGAAUGCCAAGGCCUUACGAGACGCAGGCGGCAUUGAGAAACUGGUUGGCAUAUCUAAGAGUAAAGGAGACAAGCAUUCGCCAAAAGUGGUGAAAGCAGCAUCUCAGGUCCUCAAUAGUAUGUGGCAGUACAGAGACCUGAGAAGUCUCUACAAGAAGUGGGCGGCCCCAAGCUUCAGUGUGGCUGAGGACAGAGGAUUUUCACCAACCCACCACUCUGGGUCAUGGCACGCUCAGCAUACUCUCUCCCAGAGCCGAGAAACCAGAAUCUAUUCCCCAACCCAGGACGGAUGGUCACAGUAUCACUUUGUAGCCUCAUCUUCAACAAUAGAAAGGGAUCGGCAAAGACCAUACUCUUCAUCACGCACGCCCUCCAUCUCUCCCGUGCGCAUGUCUCCUAACAACCGCUCAGCAAGUGCCCCAGCCUCACCUCGCGAAAUGAUCAGCCUAAAAGAAAGGAAAACAGACUAUGAAUCAACUGGAACAAACGCCACUUACCAUGGAAAUAAGGGAGAACACACUUCUAGGAAAGACACCAUGACAGCUCAGAGCACUGGCAUCUCAACUUUGUACAGGAAUUCUUACGGUGCACCUGCUGAAGAUAUCAAACAUAACCAGGUUUCAACACAGCCAGUUCCACAGGAGCCCAGCAGAAAAGAUUACGAACCAUAUCAGCCGUUUCAGAAUUCAACCAGAAACUAUGAUGAGUCCUUCUUUGAGGACCAAGUGCAUCAUCGCCCACCUGCAAGUGAAUACAACAUGCACCUGGGACUAAAGUCAACUGGCAACUACGUCGACUUCUAUUCAGCUGCUCGUCCCUAUAGUGAACUUAACUAUGAAACAAGCCACUAUCCAGCCUCUCCCGACUCCUGGGUUUGAGACUUGGGCAGAUACAAAAGCUCCAGGAACUGUGCAUGUGCAUGCAUACCACAAGACAUUUUUUUUCCUGCAAAUUUAGUUUGUUAAAGCCUGUUCCAUAGGAAGGCCCAGAUAACCAGUAAGGAAAAAAAAGAGAUUUUUUUUAGAAGGCUAGAAGAAAUGAAAGCUAAACCUGGGAGUAAUUAGAAAGAAAUAUAUAUAUAUAUACGCAUAUAUAUAUUUUAUGUGUGGGACAACUUUACUGUUGGCCUGUAGAGUCUAAAGUUCGGUGCUGUGUGUUGAAUGUGGCUGAAGGAAGUAGGGAGAACAUGACAGUGGAUGUGGGUUAAGAGUUAAGCACAAGUAACUGAGCAGCGUACAUACUUUAUGGGGAACAGCUUCUCACACUUCGUUUAAUAUCCUCAUUCAUUGUGAAUCUAGGCUUCAAGUUGCAUUUGGGGUUUCCUCUGUACAGCAAGAUGUUUCUUGCCUUUUGUUAAUGCAUUGUUGUAAAGUAUUUGAUGUACAUUACAGAUAAAAAAACAAGUGCAUUGUGUAUAUUACACCAAUGCCACAGUGUUUCUUCAUCUAUGGUUCUAAAUAUUGCUUCAAUUUCAAAUUUUGAAAGAUGUAUGAAUUUCCAGUUUUUUGUUUUCUUCUCCCCGGUGCGUUUUAACAAAAAAAAAAGAAAAAAGCAAAAAGAAAAAAAAAAAAAAAAAGGAAUAUUUAGCAGUAUUGUUCGUUCUGAUAUGUGAAUUUGUUUGUGGCAACUAAAAAAAAAGGCAUUCAGCAGUUUCUGACAAUUAACAUUCAUCAUUCCACACUCCUUGUCAACAAAGUGCUUUUUCACUGCCUAAAAUUUUAGAUGUAGAUAUUUGAAAUAGAUUUUUUUCAUUUAUACCAGUUUUCUUUAUGAUGAUACAGUGUUAAAAGAAAAUAAAUUACAAUUGAUCUGUCAUCCAUAUUUGCUAAGAAUGUCUAUUUCCAAGGAUCUAUCAUACAAAUAUACAUUCUUACUCGUGUGUGUCCACGUAUGCAUAGUAUUCUGUGUGUGUGUGUGUAUGUGUUUGAGCGUGUGCGUUUGUGUGGUGUAAGACCUAUUUUCAUCUAAUGUUUUCCUUGUUCAAACUUCAGUUUUUGUUUGAUUUUCAUUUUUUUUAAAACAGUGGAAACUCCAGUAUGUGCUUUCUCUUACUCACUUUAUUAACCAUUGAUAGCAAUUCAAAAUUGUUAGGCCACAUACUCACCAAGGAAGGGGUUGUAGGAUGUUUUUCACUGAGUCCUUCACCCUUAGGUGCCAUUUCCUUUAAAAUAGCAUCUCUUGAUCUUUUCUUGGGGAAAGAAAUUUCAUUACUCUCCAGCCACCAACUAGCAAGCACUCAAGGAAGAGAGUUUGAUCUUGCCAUCUCCCUGAGGGAAUGGAAAACAAAGACCCUACAGACUAAAGUCUGGAGUCUCCAGACUCUUCAGGCUACAGAAGGGUCCAACUCCUGAACCAUUUGGACAAUCAUUUAUUUUAACCCAUACCAAAAAGAAAAUCCAACAAAUCCAACACCCAAAACGCAUUCUUCUAAUAUGAAAGAUACUGGCCAUUUCUGUGCAUUUAAAAUAAAACCCUAAAAAAAAAAAAAAGAAAAAGAAAAGAAAAAAAAAGAAAGGAACAGAAUUAAGAAACAAACAAACAAACAGACAAAAGGAACGGAAACUAGGCUAGGAGACCAGAAGAGCUGGCAUAUUAAUCUUAGCUCUUGGGAAGUCAAAUAAUAAUAAUAAUAAUAAUAACAAUCUAGCAUUUCUUUGAUUCAGCCAAGAGUUUGGCAUACAGUUUCCAUGGAAUAAGAUCCAACACAAAAGGAGUAGUUGUAAAUUGCUUAAAUUACAAUUAAGGAAUUUGUUUUAGGUUGCAAACAUUUCUGUGAUUAGUCAUUGUAAUAGUCUCAACAUCACCUGGCACACUUCUGGCUGUGUGCGGGGGAAGAAGUCUCUUGCAAAUCAUUGCCUGCUCUGUAGGAUGCAGACCAAGUAGUUCAUGCAGGCAGGUGUUGUGAUGUAGAAUUGGUUUUUGGUAAUCUAGGACUAUAGUUUAAUCUUUUUUUGGCAGCUUUUCCCAGUGUACGAUAUGUAACCUUAUCUGCUCUUUGUAGUAAACAGGGGGAAAAAAAUCGCAUGCAAAAAAAUUUUUAAAUCAUUUAAAAAAGGGUGGGUGGGAGGGGCACAGUGGGCCAGAUGUAUAGUGAGGUAGAUGAAAAUAUUAUUCAUAGUUUUGGACACAGGUUGUUUAUAUUUUAUUUAUUACAUUGAUUUUAAUAAGUGACAUUUGCAGUGCUCUUUUGAACAAAGCACAUUUUCAGUAUAAAAACUUUUUUUUAAUAAAGAAUGUCACUUGCAACUUGAAGUUCUUCUUGCCUGCCUAAUAACCACCAGAUUCAUGCAGUUCUUCAGAUGCAGGAUUGCAAAAAGGCCGAAGGGAUCCAUGGUUCUGUUUAAAGUUCUUUAGACAGAAAGUUAUUGUAAACUGGAUUUAUUUCCAUUCUUCAAACGACUUAAAUGCCCAUAUUGCCCCCUUGCAGCUCCUCUUGGAAAUUAGUUGGAGUCAAAUGUUGACCAUUGCUCAAGUGAGACGUUUUGGACUGAUGAAGUGGCAUAAAAUACCUUUUGUCUAUAGUUUGUGUUCUUUUGUUUCCAUUCUUCUGUAGUGGCAAGUGCUCCAACUAAUAAUGUUCACUCUUGCUGUACUGAGUUUUGAGAAGUGUGGAAUUACCUGGCUUCUUUUCCAGGCUUGGAAAUCCAACACUGCUGCCAUACUGAACGGGAUAUUUAUGAUGCAUUCUUAUUAGUACUGAGGAAAGUAUCAUUGCCUAUUGCUGUUCCCUUCAUUCUUGUACUAGAUCACACACAGAAAUAGAGGAGAAACAAAACUGUUCCCAAAAAAAAAAAAAUGUAUAAAAUGCAAUUGAUGUACUGUAAAAUGUCGGAUUUUUCUUUUUCUUUCUUUCUUUCUUUCUUUUUUUUUUUUUUUUUUUUUUUUUAACAAGCUUUGCAUUAGAAUCUUGAUCAGUUGUGUAGACCUAUAUAAAUCUCACUGUUUUAUUAAAUGCUGUUUAUGGUCUGGAAGGAAUGGUUAACCUAUCUCAAGAUUAACAAAUUUGCACUAACAUGAGCAAUAUUGAUUUGAAAAAAAAAAAAAAAGAAUUCAAUAUUUAAAAGAUAAACUAUGAUUUUAAAGGUAUAUUAACACUGAAAGUACAUUUUGAGAAAUAACAUAUUUAAGCCCAAAAUAUGAAUGGUUAUGUCAAAUAACACAAAAAGAGCUAU